AUGCCCUCACCUUUGCUUGUGACGUUCGUGCAGGCAACCAUUUUGAAUGCUAUCUCCAAUGUCCUCGCGCAGCUGAUUGACCAGCGCAACAACAAAACUCCAUUUACUCUAAAUACACUGGCCCUCCUCCAAUUUCUGGCCUAUGGCAUCUUAAUCGUGGCCCCCAAUUUCUACUGGCAACGCGCCCUGGAGUCGCGCUAUCCAGGGUUUCCUACGCGUGCUGAACUCUCAAAUGCAUUCAGUGCUCGAUCGCUGAAAUCUCUGUUCUCACCCCGCUCAUGGCUUUCUGUCUUUUCAAGAUUCCGCCGGGAUGUUUCGCUCCCUAGCCACAAAGACAAAGAAAAGCAUGUCCAAUGGGUGCCAGCGCCGACAUCUGGGCUGCAUAGCUUCGUCAUGAAAUUUUUGUUUGAUCAGACGGCUGCCUCAAUUGUAAAUCUUGUGCUAUUUGUGGUUAUCAUCAAUCUGCUGAAGGGAGAGAGUUUGGCAAAAUCGUGGGAUUUGGUUGUUUUGGAUUUUCGACCUCUUAUGAGUGCCCGUCUGAAGUAUCGGCCUGUUGUUUCGGUCUUAAUGUACACAAUCAUUCCUGUAGAUCGACGAGUGGUCUUUGGAAGUGCGUGUGGGGUGAUCUGGGGGAUUUAUUUGAGUUUAUAUGCUGGAGUUUAG